CAUUCGUGCUGUGAAUCGAUUGGAGCGAAUCGUUUAAAAGAGUCGUUCAAAAAGAACCGAUUCCCUCACUACUCUCCCGUCAUUACUACCCAGGAGCGUGUAAAAGCGCCGCGGCUGAGUUUCCCUUUCUGCAGACUAACCUGUACGGUGUAUUCUCUCAGUAUGAGGAUGGGGAGAAAUCAUUUCACAGUGUAUUUGGUGACCGCUGCCUUCCUGGUUCACGUGACCUUGCAAGGUGAGCACCAGCGACGUCUUUAUAAGGAUCUCAUGCAGAACUAUAAUCCUUUAGAGAGACCUGUGUACAACGACUCUCACUCCCUGACUGUUCACUUUAGUAUCAGCCUCAUGCAGAUCAUGGAUGUGGAUGAGAAGAAUCAGGUUUUAACAACCAACAUCUGGUUACAACUGUACUGGGUGGAUUAUUAUCUACAGUGGAACCUGAGUGACUACCCCGGAGUGUCCAAUGUGAGGUUUCCUGAUAAUCAGAUCUGGAGACCUGACAUUCUCCUCUAUAACAGUGCUGAUGAGAGGUUUGAUGCCACUUUUCAUACCAAUGUGUUGGUCAACUCAUCUGGCUACUGCCAAUAUCUACCCCCAGGAAUUUUUAAGAGCACCUGCUAUAUUGAUGUGCGCUGGUUCCCCUUCGAUGUUCAACGCUGUGAUUUGAAGUUUGGAUCUUGGACUUAUGGAGGCUGGUCUCUGGAUCUGCAGAUGCUGGAAGCAGAUAUCACAGGCUACAUAGGCAAUGGAGAGUGGGAUCUAGUGGAGGUUCCUGGACGGAGAAACGAGAGGUUUUAUGACUGCUGUAAGGAGCCGUACCCUGACAUUACCUUCACGUUAGUGAUGAGGAGGAGAACGCUCUACUACGGCCUGAACCUGCUCGUCCCCUGUGUGCUCAUCUCCACCCUCGCACUACUGGUAUUCCUGUUGCCUGCUGACUCAGGCGAAAAGAUCUCUUUGGGAAUCACUGUGUUGCUGUCACUGACUGUCUUUAUGCUUCUGGUGGCUGAAAUAAUGCCAGCGACAUCAGAUUCAGUGCCUCUGAUUGCUCAGUAUUUUGCCACCACUAUGGUGAUUGUUGGACUCUCAGUCAUUGCUACAGUGCUUGUGCUACAGUAUCAUUACCAUGACCCAGAUGGUGGCAGGAUGCCAAAGUGGACCCGUGUGGUGCUGCUGAACUGGUGUGCCUGGUUCCUGCGUAUGCGACGCCCGGGUGAGCAUCACGUCCACACAGCCUGCCACAACAAACCUCUACACAGAGGCAGUGUGUCCAGUGUGGAGCUGUGUGUUGAUCAGGGGACACUCCAGGCCUCGAACACCAACACACUCUACAUCGGCUUCAGAGGCACAGACAGAGUUAACUGCUCCAGCUCAGCUGAGUCGGCACUGAUUUGUGGUCGCUUCAUGCAAGCCAGUGAAGAGGAGGCGUUGCUGUCGGGGGCCACAGUGGCACCGUUAGGGGCCAGAGGCGGGCACCCCAGGGGUAUUGUAGGAGGAUCUGCAGUGACUGAUUUAGCAAAGAUUCUAGAGGAAGUGAGGUACAUCACAAGGAGAUUUCAAAACCGGGAUGAAGACACAAGCAUGUGCAACGAGUGGAAGUUUGCAGCAGCAGUUAUCGAUCGUAUGUGUCUGAUGGCUUUCUCAUUCUUCACAAUACUCUGCACUUUUGGCAUUCUCAUGUCCGCUCCUAACUUCGUCGAGGCGAUUUCUAAAGAUUUCUUCAGUUAGUAGAAAGAGCCGUAUACACUCACAUAGACAUAUUUUGUGGGGGUUUUUUUUGUUAUUUUGUUGUUUUUUUUAUAUAUAUAUACACACACACUACUGUAUUUCUGCCAUAACACUAACAGGAACAGUCAGUGACAGUGUUUCUGUGACCUGUGGGUUUAUACACACAGGAGAAAUAACAUGCAGGUUUAAAUGCAGUAUUUUUCAAACUGAUCUCUAUGUACCACAUCUGUGAAUAUGUACCAAAGGCAGUAUUUUUGAAGCAGAGACUGACAGUUGUACUGUAUGUGACUGUAUAGCGUUCCCUUCUGAGUCUGGUUCCACUCAAGGUUUCUUCCUCUUAACAUCUUAGGGAGAUUUUCCUCGCCACCGUCGCCACCGGCUCGCUCAAUAGGGAUAAAUUCGCACACUUAAAAUCUGUAUCCUCUAUUUAUAUAUUCCUGCAAAGCUGCUUUGAGACAAUGUCCAUUGUUAAAAGCGCUAUACAAAUAAAAUUGAAUUGAAUUGAAUUAAGCCACCAUGAAUAAUACAGAUUUAGAGAUUAAUAUGUAAACACCUUUAUAAACAACAACGGCCCUUAUACUUGAAUUAGAAAUGAGCUUUGUGUAAUCAUGCACACACACACACACACACACUACAGAUGUGGUAAAUAGAGAUUUUGUUGAAGAAUGCUUGAGUGUUCGUUUUAAAGGAAGCAUAAUACUACUUCCCAGUCACAUAAAUAGUAAAGUAUCACAGUGCUGUUAAAGUGUUCAAUAUUAAUGUCACUGUGUGUUGUAGGUUUGCGGAUUCAUAAUGGUGGAAAUAGCUGACCUUCAUCGCUCUGUCAGUUACUGUAUACAAGUUCACAUGAGUUAGCACAAAUUCUCAGAGUAUCUUUACACAUCUGAGAUUUUCAUCGUUUACCAAGCACAUCAAUAGGAAUUUGCCAUAUACAUGCACAGUCCAAACUUGUUGAACUCCUGCAGUCUGAUUUGAUCACUUUUAUUGCCAUAGGUCAGUCAGAAAUGACACAGAAUAACAAUUAAUAAGGAAACAUAAAUCUUAGUAUUUAAGGAUGUAUGCACUCUGAGAUUCUAAAUAGCUGAUGCCCUCGUUCGGUGAAUUACUUACUCACUAUAUGUAAGUAAGUAAGUCACUGAAAAACCUAGAUUUGUCUUAAAGUUGAUAUUAGAUCGCGGUUAUAUAUUAGACAAAUAUAUGUUGUGCCUAAUUAGAGUGAUCCAGAUCUGUGUUUUCCAGUUAGAGCUAGAAUUUUUUCCAAUAAAAAAAAAAAAAAACACUUUUCGUAUAAAUCCAUUUCUUAUUUAGAUUCCGUAUUUUAUACUUAUUUUAUUGUAGAAUAUUUAUUAAAUAUUAUUUUAAUAAUGAAAAAGGUUUAUACCGGAUGUUUCAAAAUAUUUGGCACAUGCAUGCACGCACACACACACACACACACACACACACACACACACACACACACACACUCACACGCACUAGGUAUAUACUGUAUAGACCCUUUUCGACUUAUCAUGCUAUGUAUUUAACUUUUUCCAUCCUUUUUAGCUCUCUGUCUAAUAUUAAAAUAAUAAAAUGCCUUAUUACACAAUGCAGAUGCACAUUAUUAUUUUACUCGUAAUUGUGUGUCUACAAAUCCAAUCUGGAAAAGAAAGAAAAAAGGAUCCUGGCUAUCAGAGACUGUUAUGAGAACAUUCACUAAUGUAUUUGUAAAGUCUGUGAGUGUUUGACUGUAAUCUUAUUAAAAGAACAUUCCUGUUAUAAAGCCGUGUUAUUUAUCUGUGAUAAAGUUUCCUGUCGUUGGAGAAAUACUAAUCAUAUGGAAUUGUUUGUUUUAAUACUCAUAUAACUAAAAGUGUUGUAUUUUCUGAAAAAAAAAAAAAAUUCAAAGUUCUGCUAACUUAAAAUGAGUUCAGACCUCAUACAUCCCAAAUACAUUAUUUGUUUUCUUCUUUCUUUUUUCACUUCAUGGGUUUAGAGAUUUGUCUAUUGUGGAUUUGUGUGCUCUUUACAAAUAAAUGUAUUUUUCUAAAAGUCA